CUCAUUCGUGCACCAGUGUGAAUGCAGCGCGUGGUGCCGUCAUACCGUAAUCGUUCCGAGAUUCCUAACCUACAGUGGUGGUUCGCGAAUUCAUCGGUGGUUCUACAGAAAUUUCAAUACUUAUUCUUCACCGAUAAUUCGCUGCGAAUUUAGGAAGGAAUUUCUAAGAUGAAAUUCCGAUUCUUAGGCGAUGGGGAUUGUCCCGAUUGGCUGUUAGCUGAAAUUAACACGUUGUCACGCAUGACGUCUAUAAAAAUCAAAAUACUAGGUCAGGCAGUCGCCAAGUAUCUCACGGAGGGAGAACUCGAUGAGGAAAAAGUGAAGAAGAUCACUCAGGAUGCCAAAGUUGAGUUGAACGACGCGAAAGCCAUGGUCGCCGCCCUCGAGCUGAUAUUCACGUCGUCCGCUCGAUACGGCGUUUCCGCCGCGGAUCUGAGCAGCGAGCUGCAACAGCUCGGACUUCCUCGUGAGCACAGUGCCGCGAUCGCUCGGCUGCACACGGAUUAUUGCACCCAAAUCACGGCCGCGCUUUCCUCGCAAUCUUUGAGAGUGAGCAGAUUGUCAUCGAUCGAAGUCCUGUCCUGCGACAAUUCCUCCCCGUUCUCCACCGUGUCUCUCAAGUUGAAGAAGUUGGAUGGAAAUUUGGAUGACACCGUUAUCAACAUUUCGAAGAAAGAUGUGCAAGUUUUGUUAACAGAAUUGCGAAGGGCCAAGUCUCUGAUGGAAAAUCUGUAAUACAUUCCUUUCGAUUACGAGAUGGGCACAUUUAUAUAAAGCGAUGGAUUGGAAAAUAAAAAAGUAUUCUAUAACUAUUAAA